AUGAAGUCCCUUUCAUCCGCGCUCGUCGUCUCCUUGCAGGUUCUCUCGACCCUCUCCGUCCUCUCCUCCGUGGAUUCCCUCCCCAUCUCUGCCUCCGCCUCUCCCUCGUCCCCAAUCCCUCCAAAAAGUCCAACUUCAUCAAACCAAACCGUCUUCUACAUCACCGCGCUCACGAACCACCCGCACCCACCGUACCUAGCCCGCCUGCAAUGCUGGGCCCUCGCGACCCCUUUCACGGUAUACCCGACCGUCGGCCGCGCGCUGGCCUUGGGGGACGUCGACAACGCCACGUACGUGGUGCUGCCUCCCCGCAGCGCCGAGGGAUGGCACAGGCCGCCGCACAAUAUGUUCUUUGUGCUGUUGAGUGGGGUCGCGAGGGUUUAUGUUCCCCAUUCAGGGGAGUCGAGGUCGGAGGACGGGGUUGGUGGGUGUGAUUAUGGCUUUGGCCGUGGUCGUGGUGGUGAUGAUUACCGGGCAGGAUGCCGGCGGCACGUCGAGAGUCCCAAGUCGAAGCUGGACAGGGGUUUAGAUUCUGGGUUUCACGUCGACGACAACCAUGGCGUGGAUCUAACGCUAGAGUCGCCACGCUCAGACUCCUCCUCCUCCUCCUCCUCCUCCUCCUACCCUCGUCAAGAUCAACACCAGCAUCAACAAAGCCAUCUAGUUCCCCCAUCAUCAUCAUCAUCAUCAUCAUCAUCACCUCUACCACUACCACUACCACAACAGAGCCAUGACCGACAACAGCUGUACGAACAGCACCUACACCCAGAUGCGAAAUGGGACACCAUCACCAUCACACCCGGCUCGCCGCACCAGAUCCUGAUCGCCGCCGACACGGACCCGCGCGCCCGGGGCCAUUUGACCUUCUACCCGGGCGACGGCGAGACCGUGGCGCUGCAGAUUCCGUUCAGACGCGGCGCGGCGGGAUCGCCCCUGCCGGCGCACAGGGUCGUGCAUGAGGGCGCUUGUUGGGGGGAUGAGUAG